GCCAAUCAGCGACCGCAUCGGGCGGGGCUCAGUCCAGUUCUUUACAGCUGAUGACGUCAACGACAAUCAGCGGUCGCUCAGCGGUACGACGACCAGGUCGCCUUGGAACAAGUACGAGACGAGACGAUGGUCCUUACCAAGGAGUACCGUGUGGUUUUACCCUGUAGUGUUGAGGAGUAUCAAGUCGGACAGUUGUUUUCUGUGGCCGAAGCAAGUAAAAAUGAGACAGGCGGUGGUGAGGGGAUUGAGGUACUCAAAAAUGAGCCCUAUGAGGAAGAUGGAGAGAAAGGACAGUUUACACACAAAAUCUACCGCCUGAAGAGUAAAGUUCCAACAUUUAUUCAGCUCUUGGCACCAGAAAGCGCCUUUGUAUUUCAUGAAAAAGCCUGGAAUGCCUACCCCUACUGCAGGACUGAAGUGACGAAUGAGUAUAUGAAAGAUAAUUUCUUGAUCAGGAUUGAGACGUGGCAUAAACCCGAUCUUGGAACACACGAAAAUGUGCACAAACUAGAUCGUUCGUCCUGGCAGCAAGUGAGCGUUGUGCCUAUUGACAUUGCUGACAGAAGUCAAGUUUCAGCAGCUGACUACAAGCAGGAUGAGGACCCCGCCAAGUUCAAGUCGGUUAAGACCGGAAGAGGACCACUUGGGCCUCACUGGAAGAAAGAGCUGAGUGCCAAGACCGACUGCCCUAGAAUGUGUGCCUACAAACUGGUCACAGUCAAGUUUAAGUGGUUUGGCCUGCAGACUAAAGUGGAGAAUUUCAUCCAUGAGCAAGAAAAGAGGAUCUUCACCAACUUUCACCGUCAGCUUUUCUGUUGGAUUGACAAGUGGGUGGAGCUAACAAUGGAUGAUAUUCGACGGAUGGAGGCAGCGACUCAGAAGGAGCUGGAUGAGCUCCGCAAAAAAGGUGAAGUAAGAGGAACGAGUGCGGCAGACGAAUAAAGCGGCGAAGGGUUUCUAACAGCAGCAAUGGUGGCUGCUAACAGGGCUUCUGUGGCACUUUUCACUUCUUACCUUUAAGGAUUCAGGCUGUGGAUGAAGUUUGUGUGUGUGUGUGGGGGGGGGGGGGGUCUCAUGCAAUCAAUAGAGCAGAUCCCUAGCUUCCACCCAAUCAUAGGCCUUCUAUCCACUGAGGAAUUGAUUUCUAGAACUCAACACCAUCUUCACUGACUUUUUUUUGAUUUUGCAUUCCUCAGAGUGGAUAUGAAAACAAAACAUUUUUGAUUAAGAUACGUUUCACAGGAGCUAAUUCCCGCUCUUGAAUUCAGAUUGGCAUGUUGGACCUAAUAUUACCUGCCAUUUUGUUUUUAGCCUCAAAACAUUCCUCUCGAAACGAUGCCCAGUUUGAGCUUUUUCACAGUUUUAACUGUACACACAGACUCAACGGUUUGCAUUCCUCACUAUGUGUGUGUUUGACUUGUUUCCUGUUCAUCCACAACCUCCAUUAAGAGAUUACUAUCACCCUUUGCACCUCCGCCCAUUGUAAUCCUCCCAUCAACAGCCCACCUUACCCAAAGCGCUGCAUCUUAUUAACACUGACAAUCAUGCCUGUGCAGGUCUUCACACUCACUCCACACACGCGCAAAUGACACAUCGACAUUAGGCACAAACGGACGUGCACACACUCACAGGUGCAAAUGCCUUUGGUGUGACUGAUCCUCAUCAAGAACCUGGGCAGAUCCAUGCAAGCCUCCCCCCCCCCCCCCCCCAUUCAUUUCCAUUUCCAAUACACACCCUAUUCUGAAGACAUCCAUGAGUCAUAUCGCAUUCACAUGCCCCCCAAAUGCACUGGAAAAACAGUCGGCGAUGGUGCUAGUCCCCUCGAGCUUGGUGCUGCUCGGCCCAUCUUGCUCUGUCCACCCCAGAAGCCCGCCUGCCUUGUUCAUCUGUGUUCACACAGGCCUCUUGCUUCCUCUUCGUUCUCAGUGUGUUUACAUGCGUUUUACCAGUGCCCAGUCCAUACCAGCGCUGCCCACCGCUUGCCUUAACCUCUGAACCUUUUGGACCUGAUCUACCUAUUGUACCGCUUUAGCUACCUCCCUUCUUUCUGGCUGACCAUUUCACAGACGUCUAAAGGUCAACGCUUGCUAUUGCCGUAGCAGCUACUGUACAGUUUGGGGUCAGUGAUUGCAGGGCUUUAUGAUAUCUCCUAUUUGCCAAAUGUAAUUUGAUUCAAUUUGUCUUGUUUUUGUGUUACUUGUCUGAAUUUCCACUGUUUGAUGGACAUGCCAUAUUAGUGAGUCCCGAGUUUCAACUCCACAGUGCACUUUCAGGAUAGCCUUUAUAAUUGUUUGUCAAGGGCUAUCUUUUUGAAUCGUAACUCGUGUAACAUACAUUUGACAAUUACUUCUUUUCUGGAGUUUAUUUGUGCCUUUGUAAUCAUAAGAACCAUAGACAUUUCUAUUGUAUUAUUCUUACAGAUGUUGUUCCCCCCCCCCAAUUAUACUGAGUUCCUUCUGAUCAUUUCAUAUCCAAAGAAUUUCAAUGCAUGUGUUUACACGUAUUCAGUAAUUAUCAGAUGGUAAAAUAGGACAAGGAGGAAACAUUGAAAAAUAGUCUCCAAUAUGAUAUUGUGAUGUUUUCCAUUAACCUCUUCCUUUUACCGUGAUAUAUGAUUUUAUUGGAAGUAUUACAAUUUCAGGUUUGUGUAAAGUGAUGUUCGAGAGCUUGCACCUUUUGAAAACUGUACGUAUGAAAGAUGAUCUGUUGUUCUUGUGCUACCUAAAAAUCUCAGAGGAAACCUUUCUGUCAACAGUACAUAGUAUACAAUAUAUUCCUGUCUGUCUUCGGACUCCUGGCGCAAGUCUAACAUAAUACCCGUUGGCUAAAAUUACACGUUUGAGCCUAACGAUCAGUCGUAACACUGAUAGAGGCUGAUAGAGAGUGUUUUUGUGCAACAACUACACCGUCUUUUGUCCAAAAUUAUAAACUCCAACUGUAAAAAUAAUCAGAACUGCUUGAUUUUAGAUGUUUUUGAUCCAAUUUGAUAAUUGGGGGACAUGGGAUUGAAUGUAUAUGUUGUGCCGUUUCUGCCUUAAAAUCCUCAAGUGUUAAAUAUACAUGUGAUCUAAAUAUCAAAUUUUGAGAAAAUAAAUAAGCUUGUUUGUCCUUUG